AUGGUCUUUUAAAAAUAUUUGCUAUCUACUCUUGAUAGGUAUUGUAAUCCAAUUAAUUCAAGAAAUAAGAAUGUUACAGAAAAUGACAUCUUUGAUUUCAUCUUUGGAGAUGAGGAAUCUGCAUUACCAUAGUAGCAGCAUAUUCCAAAUAUAACAAGUGAGGGAGGGAGUUUUUUCACAAAUUAUCAAACAAUUGGUUAAAACUAAUCUCCAUAAAAACAGAGAUAGCAGGUGUAUAAAACUUUGAGAGUUGUUAAGGGGCCAAGUAAAUUUAAUAGCUCAGAUCUUACAGCAGCCAAAAAACUUAGAAUUACUUAAAAAACUCCUGCUCAUUCGAAGCAACAGUAAUAAGCUUAAAGUACACCCUUGAGUAUGAAUAAACAGCUAAAAGAUCAAUGUUUUCAAAUAUUCAGACAAUUAGAGUUUCAUCACUUACUAACUAAUACAAAUAAUCUGCAAUUAAAUGAAGUGAGGGCAAUGAAGUUUUUUUGUAAUACACUCAUAAUUCUUAAAGUAGAUGAACCUAUGAAACUGAUCAAAACUAAAAAGGACUUAGUGGAGUUAAUAGAACGAGAAAAAAUGAAGUUAAUCCAUUAACUAAAUUAAGUUCUAAUAAGCUAAGAAAUAGUUUUAGACACUGGAAGAUAAAUUUAGCUAAGAAUGAUUCUAAAAAAGAUUUAGAAGCACAGAAUAUUUUUCAACUCUCAAUCAAAUUUUUACAACUUACUCUAGCUCCUAAUCAAUCUUAUUGAAUAUCAACUAAAGCAAAAACAUCAAAACUAAGCAAGUGCUUCUCCAUCUAGAUUGGAUCAUGUCUCAAGACAAGAUCAACUCUCAAGAUUAGAUCAGUAAACUUCUGACUCAAGCAUGUUCGAUUUCAGGCGAGAGCUUUAAAAGUAAUAACAAAAUAAAUCAAGGAUCAAAUCUCAAAUUUAUUGCCAAUCUUCCCUUGAAAGAAGAACGGAGUAAUCAAUUUAACCCCAUGACAGCAGGAAUCUCAACUUCUCAAAUAUUCCGGAUAUUCCCAGCCAAAAGGUUGGCUUCUUUACAAACAACAAUGAAUAUGGUCAAUUUAACUGGAAGAAUCCAUUCGAUCAACCCGAGAGUAUCAUUAAAAAGGGAUCAGAAAAUUAAAGUGCAUUUUAGUCGAGGAAUAAUAAUGUUUUUGUCUCAGAAAUACCUUCUCUGGACUAAACCUUUGAGGCUAGGUCAAGUAAUAACCUUGAUGAUGAUAAGAAUUAACCAAUAAAAGAACUCGAUGUAGAGAUAAGUGAUUCUUUUGAAAUAUAGCAAAAUCCUAAUCCAUUCAAACUUAGUGAUAUAGUCACCAAAAAGAAAAAUAAUAAGUUUGGUAAAUUCAAUUUCGGGCAACCACUAAACAUUAAAUCACUUGAACCAGAGUAGGCAUAUAAUGACGUCGAAAUGAAUGAAGUCAGCUGA